CUUACCAAUUUACUCCUGUCACCAUGGCUCUUACAUUGUCGGUCAUUCUGGUAUGCGCCGGAGUCGUUCUGGGAUCAGUCCAUCCUCCAGCAUAUGGCCAUCACCCACAGCCCGCUUACGGUCAUCAUGUGCCUGCUUACGGUCAUCAUGCACCAGCUUACGGCCACCAGCAUGCUUACGAUCACGGUUACUGCGAUCCAACUGUUGCCCCCGCAUGUGCUGCCAACUCCACUCUCUCCUACUGUUUGGAAGACACUGAGUAUCCCGAGUACGAGAUCAAGGCUGCCAUCACUGCCGAUCACCUGUUCGCCAAGAAGUACGCUGACGUCGCCGACCAGUCUGCUGAUGACCUGGUAGACAUGGUUAGCAAGGACCAGGAGGAGGCCUUCGACUACUCUUACUACAGUGGGGCCUCCACCGGGGACUCUCCCUACGAUGCCACUCACUGGGGUGGUCCUGAGGGUUACAUCUGUCCCUCCGAAGUGGUGUAUGCAAUGCCCAAACGUGCCCAGAAUGUGGACGGCAAGUGGCGCGUCAUUGUCAACGACGUUCACUAUUACAGCCAGACUGCCCGCCUCGAGACUUGUCUGUUCCCAGAGUCUGCUUGCCGUGCCCUUGCUCCUUGCUACCAGAGCCACUGCACCCAGAAGUCAGUGUACCACCGACUCCUUUCCUACGACCCAUGUGACCCCUACAAGGGCCUUUUCAUCGACAUCUACAAGAUGCCAUCUGCCUGCUCAUGUCACCUUCCCGCCUAACACGCAACCACAACGUUCCUCAACGAAUCGUCUCUUCACAUACCAUCUAACACUCCAUGGCCACCAAGGAACCACCGACAAUCCCUGUUAGUUCUUAAAGCGGAGAACGCCCCACGUGACUGGAGAAUUACUUUUUUCACGUACCACCACUAAUCAUGCCAGGAAACGCCGGCACGCUCCGCUGUUGAUCUGUCUUCCCUCUUCAGCCAUGUAAAAGAUAGAAGCUAGACGUCCAUUAUAAUACUUUUAUAAACAAAUACUUUUUGAACAUA